UCUAGCAGAAGAAGCUGAUAACGAGGUGAUUAAACCAGUGCAGGGGAACUCUACCCGUCAUGGAACUCAGAAGCCCGACAGUUGGCCAGCCGAUGGUAAAAGCGCUGUCGAACGAUCCGUUUUAUUGAUUCCUGAUGCCCACUGUAGAGGACAUAGUGGAGGGGAUUCUGACUUUACGAUCCUCUUGUCGCCUCGCUCAAGUUGCCACCAACCUCGCGGGUAAUGUGCUUUGCUUGCUUGAAUUUGGAGAUUCAAGAAGGGAAGUACAUCCAUACAUUCCUUAUCAUGAAAGAAAGGAUUACGGUGGAGGGGGAGCGUACAGCAACCAUUUAUUUGCGACUAGAUUAUUUUUAACAUUGCUUGGACUAGUUACUUUUUUGCUCAUAUUCGCCUCGUUGUCUCAAGGUUAAUAUCACAACUGCUAUGGGCACCGAUCUUCGUCCCGUUUUUGCUUGAUCGUUGCUUCUUACGGUCUUGUCCCGCCAUUAUGAUGGUAUCUGGAUGGCCGUAUCGCUCAGAUUUUAUAAUAUGUUUCUUCCCAUAAUGCAAUUAUCAAUGUACUUUCUCUUUUCCACAUAUUCGUCUCGAACUUGGAGCUAGCAAAAAUCACGCGAGUCCAGUAUAAUACUUUGGCAGGUUUGCCAAGUGAUCUAAUGCAAUAUCUUGUCCAAACAUCAGAGAUCGCAGCAGGGAAAGCAAUGUUGUCGCGGACCUUUGGCCCAUCACGGCGUUGCGCAUUUCUUCCAGCAAAGAUCCUCCAAUGCACGCGCGCACUCAAACCCCAACGGCCGGCAGGAGCACCGUGGUUGCCAACCACCAUUUUCGCAGCAGCAACUCCUAUAGGCACCGACCCAUCCUUCAGCUUCUCCCCAAUUGCAUUCAUUGAAACAGCUUUGACCCAAGUCCACUCUGUAACAGGUUUCCCAUGGUGGCUUACAAUAGUCAGUUGUACUGUGGCUCUGCGAGCCACAUGCACACUUCCUCUGGCAAUUCAACAAAGACGCCGAGUAGCGAGGCUAGCAGAACUGCAACCCAUCUUGAAAGCGUGGGAAGGAACAUUUCGGCAGCAGAUGAAAGCACAGAGAGGGUCAAGAUCGCUUCUUGCUUUGAACAAGGCUCAGAUAACUUAUAAACAAAAAGUGCGCGAGCUUUACCGAACAUACAACUGUCAUCCCAUAAAAACCAUCAUUUUACCAUGGGUGCAAAUUCCUUUGUGGAUCACUGCGUCACUUGCCUUGCGGCGAAUGGCUGCAUUUCCAGCGCCUUGGCUAGAGACCCCAAUGGCCGCAAUAGAAGGAUUUACGACGGGAGGCACGGCUUGGUUUGUUGAUUUGGCGGCGCCAGAUCCUACCAUGAUUGUCCCCCUCACGAUUGGAUUUCUGCACUUGAUGAAUGUCGAGUUGAACAAGUCUAUCGUCAACUUGGGAGGUCGGAAGGAUCACCCUCUGAUGACAUUUCUCUUCCGGUGCUUGUCCAUUGUUAUCAUUCCCGUCGCGACACAAGUUCCGAUGGCGCUAAGCUUGUAUUGGGCAACCUCGGCGGCGUUCAGCACGACGCAAAAUAUUGGUUUUUGGCUCUUGAAGCGAUACCGAAACGCCCCAUGAGCUUGCACGAUGUGUCCUCGGAAGGCCGUCAAUCAUGUAAUGUUAAAAAGUAUUUACGUAUUUAUGCAUAUAGAAGGGUGCAUGAACGGUUCCACUCGUAUGAGGACAUGAUAGGCUAAUUCUUUGUUUAAUUGCCAUGUGUAUAUACAAUCGCACCUGUACUUAUUUUACC